AUGUCAAAGCAGACUCAGAAAUUCAGCUGCACUAGUGCUUCUCAAAAAAUUAAAAUUUCCAGCAAACAAAUCCAACCUAACAAAUACCGUGCUAGCAAGCACCUCAAUACGGCGGACGGCGAAGGGCACAAAAGUGGCGGCGCAAACUUACCCGACAACGCCCGCCUCCUAUUGGAAAAUUUCAAAUCUCUCUACGAAGAGGAUUUUCACCGCGAGAAGGCGACAAUCAAGGAACAACACGCCCAAUCGAUUUUAUUAAACAGACCGGAGGGGGGAAAUACCCUGGCUCCGCCGCCGAAGAACUUCUCCGGCGAAAAUUCAGAGGCGGAGAAGGGAAAAGAGGAGAUCGAGGCGGACGAUUUCAUCGCAAUCCUGAAGUAUUCGCCGAGUCCGUACAGGGAAUUCCGGCGGUCGAUGGCGGAGAUGGUGGAGGUGCGCCUGGGCCGCGGCGGGAAAGUCGAUUGGGAUUUUCUGGAGGAGCUUUUGUUUCGUUAUUUGGAUCUGAACAACGAGAAGGCUCACAGGAACGUGCUGCGCGCUUUUGUGGAUUUGGUCGUCGUCUUGCACGAGAACGAUUGGAGAUCGCCGGAGCGGCAUCGUCGGCCGUGGGACGGGGUCGGAGGUGGUGGUGGGAGGUUGCUGAAAGGGGAGAUGUAG